AUGGGUGCCAACAGCCUCACACCGAAGUGUCCUGCGGACGAGGCUAUCGUCUGCAAGAACUUGACGAACUACAUGCCACAGUUUGAUGUUGCAGCGGCCAGACUGAACGGGCAAAACUCGGGUCUUGCGCUCAACUCCUCGGACAUAUUCACUCUCAUGCAAAUGGCAGCGUUUGAGCUCAACGUCAGGGGUUUUUCGGACUGGAUCGACGUUUUCACCAUGGAUGAGUGGCUAAGCUUCGGCUACACUCAGGAUCUCUACUUCUACUACUGUGCAGGGCCUGGCGAUGAGAAAAUGAAGGCGGUUGGCGCUGUGUACGCUAAUGCCACUUUACACCUCUUGAACGAAGGACCCGAGAAGUCGGGACCCAUCUUCUUCAGUUUGUAG